GGUAGCCCCAGUCUCCAGCUUUGUGACCUUCAAAACUCGGGACGCGGGCCACGAUGUAAAGACAGUUGGUCGGCUGGGAGAGGGGGUAAGCUUGCUAGCCGGAUCUUUUAAAGCCUGAGCAGAUAUAUGGAUCCCAAGGAUUCCCUUCUCAGGUGACGAAUGUCUGAUCGUUCUAAGCCUCAAAUUACCACCAGAAUAGCAGAGAGCCAGGCUGACUGACUGGUUGCACAGAUAGAUGUGCAGCUAGCCUGCAGAUGCUGUGCUUAGUAUGUGGCUGUUAAGGAAGAAAGAAAGGAAAGAGGACAGAGCAUAUGUCCUGUGGAGGUGGCUGGAGUGUAGCUGGAAAGGUUCGAGACUGGAUAGAACCCAACCCGGACAAAUGCUCUGCCCUGGUGGUGGGAACAGAGAUCAGCCUUGAAGGAUACUGUUUACUGAUUCAAGGACGGUGUGUGUUCCAAGUUCUGGAGAACUGAGCAGAAGUUAGGAGAAGAGAAGUGUUGGUUUGGUGCAAGGAACUAGCAAAAGCCAUGUAGAUGGAGCGUUUGUGUAGCAAUAGGAAAUGUAGUGUGGACAAGGAAGGUAAGCCCAAAUCAAGGAGAUACUUGAACAUUGCUGAGCAGAGUUCAGACUUUGUAUUGGAGUCUGUGAAAAGACGUGGAUAUUUGUGAGUUACAAAUCUUUUGAAGGACAAAAGGAUUCAUUUAUUCAAGGCACUUACACGAUGUGCCAGGUUCAGUGCUAGGCUGGAGAUUCAUUGCUGAAGAAGGCAGGCAUGGUACAGUAUGAAGCAAUCACAAACUCAAAAUUACCUUGCAUGAGGUAAUGGGACAGCGUGACAGGAGAUUUUGAUAGUGUAUGGGGUCAGGAAGGCCUUUCCUGAGAAGAUAACUAAACUGAAAAGGAAAGGAAGCAAGGUGUUAACGGCAAAGAAGUGGACAGAGUUUCAAAACAGAAGAACCCCUGUGUAGGUUCCCUGUGAUGGGAAGAAAUAAAGCACCACCAAGGUGUGGAAGGGGCUGGAGUGGGAGAGUAGGGAGAGAACAAGGAAAACAGGAGUCAGACUGUUCAGUGUCUCAUAGGCCGUGUUAAAGAUUUUGGACUUCUAUUCUUGGAGUAAUGAAAAGCCACUGGAAGGUUUUAAGCAAGACAGUAUGUGAUUAAAUUAGUGCUUGGGAAAUAUUCUAGCUAUGAUGCAGAAGAAUUGAGUCGGCAAGAGGGGAAUUAGUGGAAACAAUUAGGAGGCUUUUUAUUAAUCUAGGCGAGAGCUUAUGGUGGUUUGGUCUAGGGUGGGGUAGCAGAGAUGGGAAAAGAGAGGGGACAGAUUGGGGAGAAAUUUAGGAGGCAAAGCCAUCAGGACUUGACAAUAGAUAGGACAUGAAUGUAACUUUGCUAGUGGUGAUGAUGUCCAGGAUAAGAUGCCACUCAGAGUAUCAUGCUUCAGAAGGCACUGCAGCUUGGGGUGUGUCAGGAUCUAUGGGUCCAGGAGCCUGGAACAUCCAAGAGGAGAGGACAGUGCAGUUGAACACAGGAGCCUGGGGCUCAGAGGAAAGAGCAGUGUGCACAGGCGCUGGACAUGCAUUGGAAUGGAAAGAUGUCCGAGAUUAAGAAGAAGAUCCAGUCAGUCCUUCCUGGAGGAGCCUGGACUCAACUUCACGACACCAGCUACCUGCCCCCCGAACACUCAGAUGUGGUGAUUGUGGGGGGUGGGGUGAUGGGCCUGUCUGUGGCCUACUGGCUGAAGAGGUUGGAGAGGCCACGAGGUGCCAUUCGGGUGCUGGUGGUGGAACGGGACCACACGUAUUCCCAGGCCUCCACUGUGCUGUCUGUGGGCGGGAUUCGGCAGCAGUUCUCGGUGCCUGAGAACAUCCAGCUCUCCCUCUUUUCAAUUGAUUUUCUGCGGAACAUCAAUGAGUACCUAGCUGUGGUUGACGACCCUCCCCUGGACAUCCAGUUCAACCCCUUGGGUUAUCUCUUGCUGGCUUCGGAAAAGGGGGCGGCAGUCCUGGAGAGCAACGUGCGGGUGCAGAGGCAGGAAGGAGCCAAGGUCUGCCUGAUGUCUCCUGAGCAGCUGCGGAACAAAUUUCCCUGGAUAAACCCAGAGGGCGUGGCGUUGGCGUCCUAUGGGAUGGAGCAUGAAGGUUGGUUUGACCCCUGGUCUCUGCUCCAGGGGCUUCGGCGAAAGGUCCAGUCCAUGGGGGUCCUCUUCUGCCAGGGAGAGGUGACACGUUUUGUCUCUUCAUCUAGCCACGCAGAGACCCCGAGUGGGGAAGAGGUGACUUUGAAAAGGGUCCAUGAAGUUCACGUGAAGAUAGACCACAGCCUGGAGUACCAGCCCGUGGAGUGUGCCAUCGUGAUCAACGCGGCAGGCGCUUGGUCCGGCCAGAUCGCAGAGCUGGCUGGUGUCGGGAAGGGGCCACCUGGCACCCUGCAGGGCACCAAGCUACCUGUGGAGCCGCGGAAAAGGUAUGUGUACUUGUGGAACUGUCCCCAGGGGCCGGGCCUGGAGACUCCGUUCGUCAUAGAUGCCAGCGGAGCCUAUUUCCGCCGGGAAGGAUUAGGCAACAACUAUCUGGGCGGCUGUAGCCCCACUGAGGAGGAGGAACCGGACCCAGAGAACCUGGAAGUGGACCACGAGUUCUUCCAGGACAAGGUGUGGCCCCCUUUGGCCCAGAGGGUCCCGGCCUUUGAGUCUCUGAAGGUUCGGAGUGCCUGGGCUGGCUAUUACGACUACAACACCUUCGACCAGAAUGGCGUGGUGGGUCCCCACCCUCUCGUCGUCAACAUGUACUUUGCCACGGGCUUCAGUGGCCAUGGGCUCCAACAGGCCCCUGCUGUGGGGCGAGCUGUGGCAGAGAUGGUGUUGCACGGCAACUUCCAGACGAUCAACCUGAGCCCCUUCCUCUUCAACCGCUUUCACUUGGGAGAGAAGGUCCACGAGCACAACAUCAUCUGAGCCCAUAAGCUCCGCUGACCCAGCUGCCCCGUGCAUCAUCCUUGGCUCAUGUUCACAUCCGCCUUGCUGUGACUUCCUCCCCAGCCCCAAGCCAGGUUCUCCUCCACCCUCCUCUCCCCGCACCCUGCUCAUCCUGUCCUACGGGGUUGGGCGGGCAGGCAGGCACACUGGAGGCUCUGGGAGGCAUGUGCCUGAGGCCCAGGCCAACAGAAAAUGAUGGGAUGAGACCCAGGACUGAUCUCUGGCCCCGGCCAAGGCUGCCCAACGAGGUAGUGCAGCUGGACAGAGCACCUGCGCGUGGGCCCCUGCACUGGCUUCUUCCUGGCAGUGACCGGGAAAAAUGGCCUCUGCCUCUCUGGGCAGGCACAAGCCCAAGCAGGGAGCAGCGCAGGGCAGCCUGGCCCAGGCUUAGUGAUUGUUUACCCUAUUCAUCAAUCAAUAAAUGCGAUUCCUCUUUCCA